GUGCCUUGCCUGGCUCAGACAGCGACAGACUUGGCCUCUACUACUGGCUGGUACUGACGUUGCCGCACACGACACGACACGCGGCCAGUGUGUCCACACCGGCUCAGUACACUUGGAAGACUCCGCCAGAACGGAUCAGGCAUUCGUGUUUCCCUUUCGAGUCACGAUUUUGAAGUUCGUCGAAUUUCUUUCAAUAAAAAUAUACACGUGUAUACAUAGACAUAGCUAUAAUACGUAUGAAACAAUUGGUAUUUCCGAAGCACACGAGCUAAAAAGGAAGAUACUAUAUAUAGAGAUAUUUAGAAUAAUCGAACGAUAAUAGGGAAUGAUAUGGCAAAGUGAAGCGGUUUUGAUCAAUUAACAAAGUGAAGACGUUAGACACGAGACAGACACGAGUAGACGUGACUUGAGUUUCGUAUACGAAUGCGUGGUGUAUCCGGAUGCGCCGGUGCACCACCAGCUGCAGCUGCCAGUGCCGCUACUACCGCCACUGCUACCAGCACCGGCGGUGCUGCCUAGCGCUGCCGCCGUCGUCGUCGCCGCUGUCUCGCUGGUGCUGCUGCCGCUGGCAGAGGCUCGCAGAGGUGUCCACCUCGUGGCAGUCGACACUUCCUGCCGGACGGUGGUAGUGUCCAGGCGCGCUGGACACACGACGAGCCGCAGCCGGUCGCUGCUGCUGUUGUUCGAACGUUGUGUGGAUUAAGACGUGGAAGAGCCGGCCGUGGAACAGGCGACGAAGGAAGAAAGAGAGAAAGAAAGGAGGGAAUUGAUAAGGGAAGAAGGUAGAAGUGUGUGACAGAAGGUGAUGCGUGACACACACGGUGCUCUGUGAACUACGGCUCUCAACUGUACGAGAAGAACGUUUUUUUUUUGUUAGUGUAACAGAGGAAGAGAGAGGGAGAGAAAAAGAAUUCGCGUGGGCAACGAAAAGAAAAGAAAAAAAGGAGAGAAGGAAAAAAGAGGAAAAAGGGUUUGACUAGCGAGUGCGACGAACCCUUUCGCUACUCCCUUACACGCACGGGGCCGCACACUCGUGCACGUAUACCGCGAGAGCCGCGACGUGUCGCCGGUAAUAUAGCGUGUACGCUUUCGUUUAGAGGGUUUCUUCCCUCCGACGUCGACGCGCGUAGGAGUGCCGGGUCGCACGCGGUGCCUCCUCUUCACCGACGUCGAGUCCCGUCGGGGUGUCUACACCUUACUUCCUUCUCCAUUCGUGUUUCCACUGAUUCUCCAAGUAAAACCAACGAAUACGUACACAUAUACGCGAAAUAAUUACAAAAAUGAAAGCACCAGUGAUCCAUCUCCAACACUCAUAAGAAUACUAAAACUCAAACUAUAUAUAUAUAUGUAUACGUAUGUAUUCUAAUUAAAAAACGUAUAUAAAUAACCUACAUCAAAGAAGCAUCGAAUAACUUGAAAAAGCGAUUGAAACACAAGUUCACCGAUUAGAUCCUAAACUGUAAGAACGAAACUCACAACGAAGGAGGAAGGGACAAGCUUUCUGUAAAGAUUUUGAAGGGAAAGAAGAGGAAGACGAAGAGAAAAGAAUCACGAGUUGGUGGUUGGUGCCGGGUGUGCUGGUGGUGAUUCGGCUUGCGCCAGGUCGUGGUGAUGCCUCGCGGCCGCGGAUCCUUGAGAUCGCUGGGUGUCGUAGGUAAGGACACCGCUGGUGCUUGCGGAGCCGCAGUCCCGGUUUCGUACGGCGUCGUUGCGACGAGGACACGCUGACGAGUGCAGCCCCCGGUGGCACGGCAGUGGUCGCUCCUGCAGGCCAUGUAUUACGGUUCGGUAAUCGACCGUACAAUCGGCAGCAGCUGCAGUGCCAGCGACCUUCAACAGCCGCGAUCACCACGGCCACGACGACGUAGACGCGUUGCCGCGGCGCCCGGCGUCGCGGACGACGCCGACAACGAGGACGAACUUCAGUAUCACGAGCCGGCGUACGUUGUCCUCGAUGUGCAAUCGAACGAGAAAAAUGGUCAUCGGAUUGGUUGUCACGCCGCUCCGAGGCCUGGCAGAAGACGAACCGGCGGAAACGCGAUUAGGAUACUGCUACUCGCCACUGCCGCUGCCUUCUUCGCACUCGCCGUCUCUCCUGUGUCUGGCACGACAAACAAGAAAGAGGAAGAGACGGCGGUGGACACUGUUGGUGUCACAGAGGAGACCACCGAUGUCCUUGGGACGAGAUCCAGGACACGAAGCGAAUCUGCUGGAGGCAUAGACCUCUUGGAAGCGUUACAGCUGCACAAUACAACGCGGCAGGGUGUUACACAGGUGCCAGGACUGGUUAGGUUAAAGCCAGCCUAUUAUCUUCAGGGCGAGGAGAGGGAGCUCCGACUGAACGAGGCGAGUUUCAAACAAGCGGCCACGCUACUCCGGCAGGUUCCGGAAUUCACUAUAGCCGCCGCUCUGCGACAAGAGGAGGCCAAUUCCGGGACGAUCGUCGCCUUUUCACAUGGGAACAAUAGAUAUUUGGAGCUGCAGAGCAGCGGCCGUAAGGACGAGCUUCGACUUCACUACGUAUCGCGCCGGGACGGUAGCGUCCACGUGGAGGCGUUUCCUUUCCGUCUGGCUGAUGCCGCCUGGCACAAGGUCGCCCUCAGUGUAAGCGGCUCGCAGGUCGAGCUGCUCGUCGACUGUCAUCCCUUGUACAGGCGGCUGCUUAGGCCUGGACCACCUGACACCAAUUUCACUCUGCCACAGCUUCAACUUUGGGUUGGACAGAGAAACGCCAGGCACUUUCUCUUUAAGGGUGCUUUGCAGGAUGUGCAGCUGAUACCAGGCCCCCAUGGCUACCUGUCACAGUGUCCUCAGCUUGAUUCAUCAUGUCCCACUUGCGGUCAAUUUUCUAUAUUACAAAACACGGUGGAACAGCUGAUGCAUAACCUUAACGAGCUGACGCAUAGGCUAGCCGCUGCAGAGGGCAGGAUAAGCAGAGUGGAGGAGUGCGAGUGCCAAAAAUCAUGCAGGGCAAACGGCACCGUCCACGAGGAUGGUGCGACCUGGGAGAAGGGCUGCCAACAGUGUUCCUGCGUUCAUGGGGAGAUCGAGUGCAGACCGACACCCUGUGCACCUGUCACCUGCAAGAAUCCUGUCAUUUCUCAGGGACAGUGCUGUCCCACUUGCUUAAAACAAUGUUAUUUGCACGGAGUUAUUUACGAUCACGGUGAGAAAGUCUCGCCGAAACAGUGCGUAGAAUGUGACUGUUUCGACGGCAGCUUCACCUGCCAGAGGUUCGAUACGGAAACAAGAUGUCCGCCACUGCCCUGUCCACCGAGCGAGCAGAUUAGUGUGGCAGAAGAAUGCUGCAAGUUCUGUCCAGGGGUGGACUACUGCGCGAAGGGCCACAAGUGUCACGCUAACGCGUCCUGCCUGAACCUGCAGACAACGUACGCCUGCCACUGCGAUAUCGGUUUCCAGGGGGAUGGUCAUAACUGUCACGAUAUAGAUGAAUGCAAGCAGCAAGGUGGUUCUGAAGGGCAUCACUGUAACGCGAACACAAAAUGCGUGAACGUGAUCGGUUCUUAUACGUGCGAGUGUCUUCCGGGUUAUCACAGAGUAGACAAGUUCAACUGUGCCGAGUUGGAUGAGUGUGCGACUGGUCAUCAUGCGUGCGACGAACACGCCACCUGCGUCAACACUGCGGGAAGUUACUAUUGCAUCUGCAAGGAUGGCUACACUGGCGAUGGUUACACGUGCAAACCUGUCUGCAAUCAGACCUGUCAAAAUGGUGGCGAGUGCGUGGCGCCAGGAAGGUGUUCCUGUCGUCGUGGUUAUAUCGGCAACAGUUGUGAACUAGAUCUCGACGAGUGUGCGAGUGAUUUGCAUCGAUGCCAUCAAUCGUCAACCUGUUUCAAUAUGCCCGGUUGGUACUACUGUCGUUGCAAGCCAGGUUACAGAAGCGCCCUCCACGAUAGUACUCAGGGUACGCAGUGUGUCGAUAUCGACGAGUGCAAUGAUCAAACGAUCGAAAGGAGACACACCUGUCAUCCUAGUGCUAAAUGUGUCAAUACCGAAGGAGGUUAUGAAUGUGUUUGUCCAGUUCAGGAGGACAAUCGCACUAUGGAGGAAUGUAGGCUGAGUUGCUGGUUCGAGAAUCGAGAGGUGAAAAACGGAGAGACUCUAGCGCCAGCUGGGAAUCCCUGCAGAAGAUGCACUUGUAAAGAUGGCGUCAUCACAUGCAAAGACCCUAUAUGCGACUGCAGCGCCCCCGGAAGUCAUAAAGACAAAUGUUGUCCGCAAUGUGAUCCUGCAGCCUCUUGCAGACAUCAAGAGCUUCAUCACCUAGUCUUCAGAAGUGGCGAACGAUGGAUAUACCAGUGUCAGACUUGCGAAUGCCUGUAUGGCGAAAUAGACUGCUGGCAGAUGGAGUGUCCACCAGUAACCUGCUCGAACCCUGUGACAGAGGAUGGGGAUUGUUGUCCUCGUUGCGAAGAUGAUCCCUGCGCGAGAGAAUUGCCUGGAAAUGGCACUUCCGUCUCAGUAAUGACCGGACCACGACCCUGUAGCUAUUCCGGGAUUAUCCACGACAGUGGCAGCUCCUGGCAGGAUCCCAAUGACAAGUGCACCACGUGCGAGUGCAAGGUGCCGUACUGCGCCCAAUUGGUGAGCAAUAGCGCGUGUUGUGUGCAUCGGACGGGCAGCUAUGCUGCAGCUACGAUUACGGCUGCGCUGGCGAUCUGGGCAGCAACGGGCAGCAGCAACGUCCUCCAGUCGUUGUUCCUGAGCCUGUCAUACGCGGUCUACCGAGCCCUGCGGGGUCACCGAUGGCUGACGAUACACCGGAAGCAGCUCUAUCAGCGGUUACCGCUUCCACCUCCGCUGGUGCAACAUCGAUCACCAGCACCUACCUUCUGUCGGCCUCGUCUUCUUCCUCGUCUGUCAACAACGUCGCCACUGGUGGGUCUACCAUCAGAAAAGAUCACUGGGCUUUGCAGAACAGCCUGCCAAGUCCAUCCCAACAACACAGGGACGAUCAUCGCGCCAGAGCGCAAGUACAGCAACAACAAGUUCUACCGACAGCCAGGUACCAGCUGGCUUCUGGAGCAGCGACGACGUCGUCGACACCUGAACGCGUUACAUCCACGUCGACGUCGUCGACGACGACGAUUAAGGCUUCGGUCAAGCACGAGGCCAAGGCACAGGCGUCUACGUCGCGACGUCAACGUACCAAGUCCUCCAAAGGUCUCGGCAGUUUGCGUCAACGUACCAAUGCGUCCUCCACUUCCACCUCCUCCUCCUCCUCACCCUCGUUGUCGUCGCCUUCGUCGUCCUCGCCAUCUCUCGCGAUGCUGGCGCCUUCUAACGCCAGCCUCGACCCACAAGCGGACAGCGUCUCGACUAGCAGCAGUGCCACCAGCGAGAGCGUGGUCGCGAAUAGCGGUUACCGUCAACCGUCGCCGACGGGAGGACGCCACCGGCGCAGCGAGGUCAGGGAGUCUAUGGCGCGUGACAGUGACGCCACCUGAGGCUGACGCUUCUGUGGACAGCUAGAAGAGAAAGAAAUGAACACUGGCAACGCAUUCCAGGGGGUGUAGCACGGCAAAUGUGGGCUGUGGCCCGACGUAGGAGCGAGUUCGGAGAAGCGUUCUCCAUGGUCACCUGAUCGCCUGAUUGAGGGUGUCGUCGAGGGAAACGAGCGCACUAAACGAGAUAAGAGAAAACCGACUACGAGACGAAGUAACACAGAAGAGCAUAACAAACGGAUUCUAGUUCUAAAUCCGUUUGAUUUGUCGACGAUCGUAGACAACGAAGAUGACGAUAUUAGGGAAGAAAACGUCCAGUUUCCUCGACGAGAUCGAUCCUCGCCCAGCUUCCAGGGAUCGCCGCGUAUCAUUGGAUCGUCUAUUAAUGGACAUUUCCCAUCAUCCGUGGUCUGUGGUUGGCUGACUUGAGUUACGACAGAAAGAGGCUAUACUCGAGCUUCGAUAGGUCUAGGUUAGGUCUGCCAAGCUCGACGCUUCGAGGACACGGUGUUCAGCGAGGAAAACGAUCGACCGAUUGCAUUUUUGGGGAAUGUUAGGUGUGCCAAAAUCAUGAGCUUGCCAACAUCAGAAAACUUGUCCGAUCUUCUGUUAGUAAUGACGUACGCGGACCCGACUCGCGCUCCCUCUGCUUGGUUUCUUUACGUUUGUCCUCGAAAGAGAUCGAACGACAACGUAGGGUGAGUCCAUCGUUGUCGUUGGUCGUAGAUCGGACGAAGCGUCUUUCCUCGCAUCUGACUAAAUGGGUCAAGCAUAACACAUAAGUGAGAGAGAAUCGAGAAACUGAACCCAUGACGCGCGGUGUCCUCCGGGGCGUUCUCUCAACACAAAGCAGCACCGAAUCACACGCUUUCGCGAUUCCUUUUCUUUUCUCCUUUUUCUUUUUUUUUUUUUUUUGGCGUAAUUUCCAUGUUGAACAGGUAGCGCACAAUAUUUGGGCCUUAUAAAAGUUAUAAACAGGAAAAAGGAAAAAAAAAAAGAGAAAAACAAAGAGGUCUUGUCGUCGUUUCGCCAGCGGGAAAUCUAAUCUGUAAUUACGUAAUUAAUGUAAUUUAAAUAUCGUGUUUCUGCUUCCACGGCGAAGCGAAAGACGAGGAAAAUGUAAAAUGAUAGAAAUUAGUACUUUAUCGUAAGGAAUUGAAUUAUCCCAAUGAGAAGAGCAAGGAAAUAAUAAUUGAACUAAAUAUAGAAGAGCUCCGUAAUAUACUUAUUAAGAUAUACUAAUAUAUAUGUAUAUGUAUGUAUAUAUACUAUAUAUUACUAUUAAUAUAUACAAAUAUAUAUGUAUAUAUAUAUACGUGAUGUAUAUUCGAUAUACGGAAUCACGCGUGAAAUAUUGACGAUUCUAUUUAUAGAGCGAUGUGAAUCGAGAUCGAUCUUGUCGAUUAUAAAAAUGCACGUACGUAUACACGUAAUAAAAAAAAAAAAAAGAAUAUUGUAUGGAUCAUAUCUCGUGACGCGAUAUACAACCGUGGGUUGUUGUAAAGCUAUCGUAUGGAUAUUAUAGAGCUCCUGUUUUCUUCGCGAGGAUGAAGACGAUUAAUUAAAGGUAAAAGAAAUGGACAUAAAAAACGUCGUAUAGUCUUUACGCUUGAAACGUUAUCAUUUAAGAGUCAUCGUUAUGUAUUAGGGUAAUUUUGAGAUUCCGAUUCUCGCGGAGACUUCGAGAGAGAGAGAGAGAUAGCGAUGUCAUUUUUUCUAAACAACCAUUACAGGCCGGUUCAGUUUCUCUGGUUCUAAAACGCUGAUUGGUUUAUGCCUGAUCCACACGCAUCGAGUCAUAUAGAGCGCAACCUGUGCCUCCGCGGAUUCACUAGCCAUUCAACUUUGGCUCUAUUUACGCGAUGAAAGAUUAGACGUGUUUAUCUACUUCUUCCAGUUUUCACUUAAUUCUUUCACUUAAUACUUGAUGAUUAAAUUUCGUAUGAAGCAUUUUUUAUGCUACAUAUGUGUUAUUCAAUAAUUUUUAAUAAUUUUCAGUCAAAUUAAGUAAGUUCAUAGACUUCUUAAAUGAGACGAAAGGCGGAUUAAAUUAUCUUAAGCUCCAAUCUUUCAUUAUUAAAUUUUUUACUUACGCAUUCAUUAUUUUAAUAUGUCGUUUCAUUUCCACUGAAAAUAAAUUACAACACAUUUCUGUUUCGCAGAAUUAAAAUUAGAAAUUGGGUACUUUCUCUAUAUCAACUACUAAUUUCAUGACUACAGGACACUCUGAUUAAGGCAUGAUCCGGUUAACAGGUUAGAAACGUUCGAGGUUAGAUUACUAGUGACAAAUCGAAGUCAGGUCGAUUUAAAUCUAUUUCAAGCAGUUCAAUAUAUGUAGGCAUUUUCGCACAUAUUUUGGAAUUAAAAUGGAGAAUACAUGUCUAAUUUUUCAUUGAUGCAAUUGGGUUUCUUGUUCAACUAUUAGUUUUACACCGGACGAUGAACGUGCCGGCUCCCUCGAACGAUUCUUUAGCUCGCUCAAUCCAACGCGACCACUACGACUACAUUCCUCCUUGAUUAACAAUAAGUAGGCACUAAAAUGAGAGAAACACAAAUAUAUAUAUAAAUAUAUAAAUAUAUAUAAAUAAACGAACAAAGAAAGAUGUGGAUAAAUAAUUAAAAUAAAUGAAUGAAUAUAUAUAUACAGUAUUGUGCAAAAGUCUUAGAUCAUCUAUCAAUUAGAAGUGUUUUGUUUCUGUGAAUUAAUAUAAGAAUAUUUGCUAUUAUUUUCAUUCUUUUUUAAGUUAUUUAAAGUAAGAAUUAGUAAUAAUAAUUAUUAACAAUUAAGUUUCAGAUUAUUCCUAUAACAAUAAUAGUUAUUUUUAAAAAAUUAAUUCGCACUUUUAUAUAUACAUAAUGUCAUUUUUGAUGUUUUGAAAUUGUCCAAAAUAUGUAUGUUCUGUAAUAUUCUAAAUUUAAGACAGAAUCAUUAACUAGCAAUGUCAUGAAAUAAAUAUCUAAAAAUCCAUUUUCAUGUGACAACAUAUAUAGGAAUUACUUCAAGGUCAAUAACAUAGAUGGUCUAAAACUCCUGUAUGGUACAGUAUGAAGAGGAGGCAGGAAUAUACUUAUAUACACAUGUACGUAUACAUAUGGAAAUGAGAGAAAAAAAGUGAAGCACUCGGGUAAAUUAAUUAAUUAAUAAAUAGACUCCUGGCGAAGUAUAAAGCGUGCUGAGAGGAACUCAUAUAACGUGCAUUCGUAAUCGUUUGUUCAAUGUGCAAUAACAUAUGGCUUAAUUUGUGAAGAAGGCUCCUAUUAGUCGCGCGGUAUCAGUGCUGCUCCACGUUUGAAGGAGGAUUCUCAUUAACGUAAAACUGUCGACACGAGUCGCGUGGCCGCUGCCCUUUGUCAUUCUAUUUAUCUGUCAUUCGUUAAUACGGAUUUCCUCUGAUUUUCCCUUUAGAGUAGAUAUCUUCAGCGAAAAUUUUAAAGAAUAUUUUCAAUCGUAACAGUGAAAUUUAAUUGGAUAAGGUGGCCAUUUUGUAUCUCAUUGAUCACGUGACACAACGAAUUCGUCGAGACAAGAUGGUGGCUAGCCACGCGACGUCAAAGCUCCGAGCACGUGUACGAAGUGGCGACAAUUCGUUCCAACUUUUUGUACACAAGAAUGUAUAAUUUUUCCAUCGUGGUGCUGAAAUGAAAAUGAGAAGAUCGCUAUUAGUUCCUCGAGAUAAAAAGAACUGGACAACGAGCUUCGUGCGCUUCGUCGCGUGCUAUAUAAAGGGGUACAUAAUACAAUACACUUGCAUAAACGAUAAAUGAACGGAGAAGCGUGCAUUGGGUCGAGCAAAUGGUAAAUUAAUCGUCAUUGUCGAGCAACUGAUCGAUGAACACACUGCGUUGCUCUCAUUGUAUAUAGGAUGUGUAUUGUUAGAGUGAAAAACCUAUUAGUGAGACGUAUUAUACAUACAUGCAUACACAAUAUACACAAACAAGUAUUAUACAACCGAGGCUAUUCGCCGUGCGAUUUCAAUUACUAUGAAUUAACAUCUUAAUGACACCAGUACUAACAUUUUUGACAUGAAUCUAUUAAUGAACGACGACGAGAGAGAGAUUCGAGGCAUUGGUCUCCAAUUAUUUCAAUCGAAAUUCAUAACUAUUAUCAACUUUUCCAAAAUCUAGACCAAAAUUGUAUUUUCUGCCUUUCGUCUCUCUCUUUCUCUCUCUCUGAAUCGAUCUAGAAAUUAUUAUAUACAUACAAACACACACACUUACUCUGUCUCUGUCUGCUGUCUGUCUGUCUCUCUCUCUCUCUCUCUCUCUCUCUCUCUCUUUGUCUCUCUCUCCCGCUUGCUUCGCAACGUUCCUCAGAGUUUCGAGGUGAGAACGGGACGAAGAGAUCGGCGCGUCGUAUCGUAAACUAGCAUACAAUUAAUUGAUAAAUAAAUAGAAUCGUAUUACCUAUUGUAUUAUCGAUAAAUAAUUGUGUUAAGCAUUUAACGACGAAUUAAUAUCGAGGAGCGGGGAGAACACGGGGAAGGACGAGCCUAAAUAUUACAUAUAAGAUGGAAAUGCGUUUGGCACAAAAGAUGAUGAAAAAUAUCUGAAGGGGAUCGUCGAUUAUUACAGACGAUACUAGUUAUUAAAGGUGUAACUUCGUUAGAUGUAAUCUCGCGUGGCCAGAAGAGGAGAAGAGGAGAAGAGAAGAGCAGAAUGCCUCGUUGCCAGUAUUUGUUCCAAUGAUAUUUUCGUAUCCUGGUGUAUCGUAGUCUAAGAUCGUUCGAGAAAGUCUGCUUGGCCCGAUAGAUCGUAAACUCUAAGUUUCAGGACUUUGAAAAUUUCUUCUUUAACCCUGCAAUGCUACAUAACCGCUCUAACGUUAAAUAUGGCGUAACUAGAAACCAAUAUUUCGAUCUUGAGAAUCAAUGAAAAUAGAGGUUAGACUUAAAAUAUUACGGGCAACGUUUCAAACUAAGUUCAGAUUAUGGAACUCAAUAAAAAUAGAGAUUAGGUUUACAAGAUUACAGCAAUCAUUUCAAACAAAUCUAUUACAAAAUAGUCUUAGUCCUCUUACUUUAGAAAAUUAUACGCAUGACAUAAGUAACAAAGAGGUUAGAAUCUUUUUAGGAAUAGCUGAAAUAAAAAUGAGUGGGAAUGCAGUAUUUCGCUAUAGUAUUUCAGGGUUAAGUGACAGGUUAGCUCACUUCGUAUUUUACAUCUCACCUUCAUAUGAUGGAGAAGAACAAAAUCAGUUUGGCCUAAUUCACGAAAUAAUAUCUAUUUUACAAAAGUGUUCUGAGGUAUUCAAGUUCUAAGAAAGAGUAUUUUUAAAAUCAUUGAACGCCAUAACGUAAUCAUAAGUAUCUCCUGAGGAAUUGACAUUAAAUCUGGCAACGUGGUAUUCGUACACCAUUAUCCGCACGUUGUCCUUCGUUCGAUUAGGCAAGAUAGCCAAGAAAGACAGGCCAGGUCUCGUAAUGAGGUAGAUAGGAUAAGUAGAAGAUAUAAGUCGGUAGGUAGGUAGAUAUCCGAAAGCAGGGCGGCGAUAAGCAGCGUUAAUAUCGCGUGCCAUAGUGAAUCUAAUUGUAUAGUGUUCACUCGUUGCUCUUCGUACUUUGAAUGAACUUGACCCCCGCCCCACACACAGAAAAAAAAAGAAAAACACAAAAAAAGAAUUGAAGCGAAAGAUCGGCAAGCGGUAACGAUGGUAUGUAGUUAGACCUACCUUCAGAGGACAGGAUAUAAAGGGAAGUAAAGAAGAAAAAAGAAGCUCUAAAAUGAACUACGGAUAUCCUCAUGGAAAGAAGAAGAGGAAAAAAGUAGUUAAAAAAAAAAAAAAAAAAAAAAAAAAAAGAA